GUCCAGAAAGCCAGCGUCGACCACAGGCGUUUAUUCCAAGCCUGCCCACGGUACUGUCCAAUGUCGCGCAUGGAAAUUCUAAAAAAUUUCCUUGACGUCUGUCCACUUCCGCAAAUCCAGCUCAUUGACAACAACGACCCGAGAUAUGCCAGGUACGCUGAGUUUUGCGGCUCAAAAGACCCGUGUCAUCUUUAUGGUUGCGUUGUCCUCACAACAGAUUUGGACUUGGACCCUUGGAAGCAAAUCAGGAUGGGCAUUGAUGUGUUCCAUGCGCACCUUGCGCUAACUUUGGUGUUGAGUGGCAUCUUCUUGCUCUUCGAGUUGCGUGUCAUUCCCUUCCAGUUGAUGCUUGAUCUCGGCUUCACGCGGCACUUCUACAUCAAGCUGGUCUUCUUGCAGGGCACAGCUUUUUCUGUAGUUAUGUCCCUCGACAUCCAUCAAGCAUUCUUGAUUCGUCACCAUCUGGUCGGAGUGGUGCUGUGGGCUUGGCUGUUUCCUCUGUGGUACUGUUUCCGGAACACAGAUGCGCAGAGGAAUGCGCGAUUCGUGGUGGGGAGGGCAGUUUAUCGGGUGCUCUCCACGCAAUCGCCACGCCAGACAAGUGAAUCCGAAGAUGCUGCUGACAACAUGCUGGAGUUGGGAGGUUAUGAGGCUGUCGCCACGCAUUCGUCAAGCCAGACUAGUGAAAGCGAAUAUGCUGUCGACAACCUGGAGAGAGCAGAGGCUAUUCCCACACAGUCAUCAAGCCAGACAAGUGAAUCCGAAGAUGUUUCCGAUGGUGCCAUGACAAUCGGCAGCCCAGGUGGCGGCGUCACGACUCACAUAUCCAUAGAGAAUGCUGCAGUGAGGUCCGUGAACGCAGUUUCAGACCUUCGCGUUGGUGCAUAG